GGAAACGGACUUCCAUCUGUGUAGGAUUUUGGCAGACAGGCUGAUGAUUAUACAGAGAGUGGUAUUGAAAUCACGCCCUGGCAUCAAUGGAGAGCCAGUUGCAGAAAACUUUUGUAUGGAGAAAGCUACCCUACUGGAUAAAAUUGCUGAAGGUGAAGUCAAAGUUCGUACACUUUGUCUGUCUGUUGACCCUUAUAUGCGAUGUCGUAUGAAUGAAGACACUGGUUCUGAGUACCUCCAGUCCUGGAAGUUGUCUGAAGUCACUGAUGGUGGGGGAAUCGGUUCUGUAGAGGAAAGCAAAGAUGUGCAUUUUGCUGCAGGAGACUUUGUAACUUCUUUCAACUGGCCCUGGCAGACAAAGGCCAUUCUAGAUGGAAAGCAACUCGAGAAGAUUGAUCCACAGCUUGUAGAUGGACAUCUUUCCUAUUUUCUGGGUGCAGCUGGCUUGACUGGACUGACAGCUUUGCUGGGAAUAAGAGAGAAAGGACAUGUGUCCUCGGGUGCUAAUCAAACCCUGGUGGUCAGUGGCGCUGCUGGUGCCUGUGGUUCAUUGGCUGGGCAGAUAGGUUUCCUGGAGGGCUGUUCCAAAGUGGUUGGUAUCUGUGGCACAGAUGAAAAAUGCUCCGUUCUGGUCUCAGAAAUGGGGUUUGAUGGAGCUAUCAACUAUAAGAAAGAGAAUGUGGCACAACGGCUGCACCAACUCUGUCCAGCUGGAGUAGAUGUAUACUUCGACAAUGUUGGUGGAGACAUCAGCGAUGCAGUGAUCUGUCAGAUGAAUGCAAAUAGCCAUAUCAUUUUAUGUGGCCAGAUCUCCCAGUACAACAAGGAUGUGCCUUAUCCUCCUCCUCUGCCUCCUGCGAUAGAAGAAAUAAGGAAAGCACAGAAUAUCACUAGGGAACGAUUCCUAGUUCUGAACUACAUGGACAAAUAUGCAGCUAGUACUUUGCAGCUUUGUCAGUGGAUCAAAGAGGGAAAACUGAAGGUUAAAGAGACUGUGGUAGAAGGCUUGGAAAACAUUGGAGCUGCUUUCCAGUCUAUGAUGCGUGGGGGCAACAUUGGAAAACAGAUAGUGCUUGUUUCUGAGUAAAUAAGUCUUUGUAGUGUUUCCUACCAGGAAGAAGGUAUGAGUACUCAUGCUGCAGAAACAGAGCUCUGCAUCUUGCAUUUGAAUGUAGAAGUUGGGUGGCUAUCUACUUUAUUCUUAUUUUGAAAAUACAAGAUUUUUAACAGCGAACACUUGGGUUCCCUGAUAAGGCUUCUGUUUAUUGUGACGAUAUAGAAAGCAAGUCCAGUUUUAAUUCCAAGUUCCUUAUCUAAAUGUUUCUUGUGCAUUUCUUCCUGCACACUUUGCCUUUAGGCAGGAAAUAAUUUUGUAAAGUUUACUUCCAGUCAGAAUAUGCUGCACUCCAAUCUCAAGUGUCUGAACACUACUAUUUAACAACUGUGUUCCACUGUUAUAGCAUACAUUAGUUACUGCUAGUACAAAUGUUAAUUUAAAAAAAAAAAAGAUUUAUGACUUGGCUUCUUUAUGAAUGCAAUGAAGUGUCCUUCCUAGUACAGCAGUAGUCAGGCUGAUGCCUUCAUUUCUUUAUAACCUCCUCCCAGCUUGUAUAUGCAUAUAUACAUGAUUUUAUUUGUUUUAUCUUAACUCAUUUUGAGACAUUUUUGUAUAAAGCAACUAACAAAUGUAAUAAACUGUUGAUUUUGCUCCAAUUUAAUGGGGAAAGGAGCUGCUGUUGGUAGCAUCUGCGUUUCCAAAUAAAAACUAUAAAAUUCUUGUA